AUGUUCGACCCAGCUUAUAUGCGGCGAUAUCUCCGAGUCUUAUAUCAGGGCGAGUUUCACAAAUUCUGCAAACCAAACGAAGCGGCUGCACUAGUGGUCAGUGAAAUCUAUCACGAAGUGUUAAGCUACUGGAAGUGGCGUAUGGUGAAGAACGAGUGCGAGUAUGUGAAAGAUGUGCAUGGCCGUUUUCAAGACAGCAUUCGUCAGGGCGAACGGCUUCCCCCCGUAUAUUACUGUGCCCUGGACGCCCUGGAGCUCCUUCUCGCCAACGAGGUCAUUCACUGGAACAACUUUCUCUUCCAAGCGAUAGCGAAGCGACCGGGAUUUCGCCAUCAUUGGAGGGUCUCUCGCCGUGAUGCAGAGUCAGUUUUCCUGCAGCGACAAACGCCCGCCAAUACGAAAGAGGCUUUUGACAAGGAUCCUCUAGAUUGGUGCUUGAUUCAGUUGCUAGGAUCGCAGGAGGCGCAAACGAAUUUCGACCACGCGAUGUUAAUCGCGUUCCUGCAGAACCACCUCGACACGAGCUCCAAGGAAGAAAAAGCACGAGUGGACGAGAUCCUGUACCAGAAACUGUCUGAUUGGCAGCUGUUUAUGAAAUGCUUGCCUUAG